AUGUCUCGAUCCCGCCACGCAAAGCCUUCCAGAUUAGUCAGGAGGGAAGAUCUAAACAAAAAGAAAAACAGUCAAAUGAAGAAGACCUUCAAGCCAAUCAACAAAAAUGUGACAUUAGGCAAGACAAUGAGCCCUCGAAAAUUAAAGCAAUUCCUUCAAGAGAGAGAUGUUAAGAAAAAAACAGAACCCAAACCACCACCCAUGCCCGUCAGAAGCCUCCUGACGAGAGCUGGCGCAGCACGAAUGAACUUGGAGAGGGCCGAGGCUCUUUUCCGGAACCCGGAGUCCUUAACUUGCAAUGGGUUUACAAUGACCCUCCGAAGAACCUCCCUUAGCAGGCGACUCUCCCAACCCCCAGUGGUCAUAGCCAAACCCAAGAAAGUUUCACCUCCUAAGAAUGUAGAAAAGCAACGUGAGUGUGCUCGGAAGGUAAAGGCCUCAGAGAAUGAUUCUGUACCAACACAAGACCCCCUCAUCCCUCCUGAUAUAGAGAAUCUAAUUGACGACAUACAAAAUGCAUCUUUAGUGAAAGAGGAGCGCCAAGGGACAGCCCAGUCUUGGUGCCAAAGGGUCGAGGAUUCCGAAAUAAAUUUUCCCACUCAGAGUAGCCCUGCGGCGGAGAUCCUUUCUGGGGCACUGGAAGGGACACACGGAGGUGAAGGACUGUUCUCUGAAGAGGCAUUGGAAGACAGCAGUGAUUCCCCUAGAAUGUUUGCCCAGGACUCCCUGUGUGCUCCUUCGCCCCAGCGAGCAGACCUUAAUGUUACCUCUGAAGGAAACCGCAGCGUUCAGGUAGAAGAUUUGGGUUCACAAGUAGAAUCUCUUAAGCUAUCUGAUCCUUACCUGGAUCCCAUCCAAAGUGAACAUGAUUGCUGCCCAACCUCCAGCUUUAAUGCUACGGUGAUACCGGAAUUGGACCUUAGGAACUAUUUGUCUAUUGGCGGGUCAGUAUAUUCUACCUCAUUAUUAAAACUCUUCUUGGCAAGUUCAGAACAAGGAACGCUUGGUGCUAAGCCAGACCCUCUGGAGGUCCUCAAGGCUCCUCCAGAGCAGCAGGAAGUUCCUGAUAACACCCCAGUCUUAGGACAGGCCUUCAGUGCUGUCCCGCAUCAAUGGGAAAUUCCUGGUGUUAAUCUGGUUCAUGGAGAGGCUCUGGGUGAGACCCCAGACCCACCAGAGAUCGCUGGUGCUAUUUCAGUCCAAGGAGAGGUCUUCGGUGCUAUCCUCAAUCAGGAAAUCCUUGGUGUGGGUGGGAGUCCUGCCUCAGACCCAUCUGUCUACCUUCCUGCUCCUCUAAACCCAGUUGCUACCUACAAUGCCCUCCCAGGAUGGCCUGAUCCACAGAGCACGGUUUCCUAUGGGCUUGAGGUCCAAGGUACUAUGCAGAUUUUAUCUUUGGGCUCAGGUCACACUCCUCAACCAACCUCAAACCCGGAGGUAAAUUCUGAACCUCCAGCCAUGGCUAUAAACCAUGUAGAGAAUGAGAAGCAAGUCCAUCUAAGCUUUCCACCAGCUGACACUCAGGGGUUCGCAUUAGCCCCUGAGGGAGGACUCCACCAUGCUUCCCAGGACCUUGCCCAACACUCCCAGGCUGGUCCCAGCAAAUCGGAAGGAGGGAGCUCCCAGAUCGACACCACCGUGAUGUCUAUGCCGGUGUCACUUGCCAGUACCUCCUCUCCUUCCCACACAACUGUGCUACCUACUUUGGAAAAGAAGAAACGGAAGCGAUGUGGGGUCUGUGAGCCCUGCCAGCAGAAGGACAACUGUGGCGAAUGUACUUACUGCAAAAACAGAAAGAACAGCCACCAGAUCUGUAAGAAGAGGAAAUGUGAGGAACUGAAAAAAAAGCUACCCGGAAUUGUGCCCAAGGUUAUAAAGGAAAACAAGAGGCCCAAGAGGGAAAAGAAGCCCAAAGUUUUAAAGGCAGAUUUUAAAAACAAAACAGUAAAUGGCCCCAAGUCAGUAUCCAUGGACUACAGUGGAUGUGGUCAUGGGGAAGAAAAAAGCUUGGAAUUGAACCCACAUCCCCCUGAAAAUGUAGCUGAAAAUGACGAAAGUAUGACAGGUAUUGAAGUGGAGAAGUGGACGCAGAGCAAGAAAUCCCAUUUAAUAGAUCACGUCAAAGGAGAGGUUACGGCAAUUGUGACAGAAGCGGAAAAACUGGGAAACUCUGAAGAUGACACGAAAGAAGUCCUCCCUGAACCUCAAAUUUUGUUUGCACAAACGGUAACAAAUGGCAUUAAAAAUGUACACUACUUACCAACGGAAACGGAUGUGUCUCUUAAAAAAUUCAACAUUGAAGAAUGGGACAAGGUGUCUGAAAACAACUCCUGUAAACCCUCACUAGACACUGCAAACCAGAACAAUGCCAUGAGCUCCGCUGCUACUAACGCAAGCGAUCAUCUUCCGGGGAGAAGCGAUGUGUCCGUCUUCCAGGAGCCUGACUCUGAGUCUUUUCCUGAUCCUGCAGAUUUCAGCUGCAAGAGUCCUACUAGUACACCCACUGAAAGUGAUCAACCGAAAUCUCUAGAAGAUAUACCAAGUUCAGAGCCAAAACAUGGAUCUCCAGUUCAACAAAACCUUCUAUCCCUGGUGACAGACAGGACAUUAACGCAGGAGCAAGUGGAUGUUAUAGAAGCUUUGGCUCAGCUUUCCGGAACCCCUGCAGAAAAUUCCUCAACAUCGAAGUCUGAGAAGGGUGAAGAAAACAAGCAGAUGUCGGCUAGUGUGCUUAAUAACUAUACAGCUUUAUUCUGUUCUAUAAGAAAGGACCUCCAAGGACGGUUUUUGCAGGGGGGGCCUCAAAGCCUUUUCCAUUGUCCACUUGUAGAGAAGCAGAGUUCAGGCAACACGGUGCUGUUCAAUGGCCAAAGUAGCGUUUCCGUGUCACAUAACAGCUCAGCUACUGACCAAGUAUCCACGAAGCCACAGGAAUAUUCAAAUGCAGAAAGUUCCACGUCUCUUUUUACACCAAGUUCUAGUUCAUCUGAAAGUGAUACCAAUAAAAAUGCUGUUCAAAGUAGUAGUAUUCUUGAGAGCUGUUCAGGAAAUUUGCACGAGUUGCCACCCACAAGUGAUGAAUUGGGGUCCUGCAACCAGUUACUGGACGGCAGCAACAAGUUGGAUUUAAAGGAUGAUCCAUCAUCCUGUCAAGAGAUAGUUCAUAGUCAAAUAGAGGAAGAUGUGGCUACCCAGUUGACACAACUUGCCUCGGUAAUCAAAUUCAGUUGUCCAAAACCAGAGGAAACAAAUGAAGCGAGUACAUCAGCAAACCUUGUGUGUAAUGUGCAAAAACACAGUCAGGAGAAGAACAAAAUAAAACCGAAACCACGGUCCAGUGUAAAAAAUAAUCAUGGCUCAUCAACAAAGCAAAAGAACAAAACCCGGAAAAGGACAAAAUCUACUCCAUCCAGAGAACGGCGGAAGAAGAAGCCUGCAGUCACAGGUUGUCAAGAAAAUGGUCAGAAAAAGCAGGAACAGUUGUCAUCUGAGUACAAUAGGUUACAUGACAUUUGGAUAGCGUCUAAAUUUCAAAGAUUUGGUCAAUUCGGUCCACGUGAUUUCCCUAUUCUGUUGGGAAAAGUUCCUCCUGUAACUCCCGUACGGGCACCACUCACUCCAAAAAAGUCAGCAUUAAAACACAAGAAAUUAUUUCCUCCACUUGCUCAGAUAAAAUUCGAGCGAAAUUAUGAAUUAGACCAGGAAGAAAUGAUGAACGUUGACCCGUUGGAUUCUCACUCCAUCUCCCAUUUACAAACCGAAUCCAAUGGGCAGGCGUUGACAGAAGAAGUUCCUGAUUCUCAGGUACAGCCCAUCGUGCAUGCCAAUCAGAAAGCUCAUCCUUCACUCCAGUCCUUCUCUCCCACUAAUCAGUGUGCCAAUGUGAUGGCUAACUAUGACCAAACACAGUUCCAGCAGGAUGCUGACGAGCAACUCAUGCAUCCGAGCCUGCCAGCAUUGCCUAGCACCUCUCAUGAGACCCCCGCAUCAGACCCAGGACAAGUUCUCAGGAAUGUAAAUGUAGAAUGUUCAGGUGGCAUCACAGUGGUUUCGACCACAAAUGAAGAAGACGUCUCUUUACCUAGUGUUGGAGCAUCCGAAGUUUCCCCAGUAGAAAAUGCACAUAAUUUUCAUAAUUAUGCUAUGAACUUUUUAACUAAUUCUACAAGAAACCUGCUGUCUACAACAAAAGAUUCUGAAUUGCCAAGCUGCAACUGCCGUAAUCGAGUUAUACAAAGAGAAAAAGGCCCAUAUUAUACGCACCUUGGGGCAGGACCAAAUGUUGCUGCUGUCAGGGAAAUCAUGGAGAAUAGGUAUGGGCAAAAAGGAAGUGCAGUAAGGAUAGAAAAAGUAAUAUAUACUGGAAAAGAAGCGAAAAGCUCUCGUGGAUGUCCUGUCGCUAAGUGGGUUUUAAGAAGAAGCAGCGAAGAAGAGAAAAUUCUUUGUUUGGUUCGGCAGCGUACCGGCCACCACUGUCCAACAGCAGUGACGGUGGUGGUGAUCCUGGUAUGGGAUGGCAUUCCUCUUCCGAUGGCAGACAGAUUGUAUACAGAGCUUACCGAAAACCUAAGGACGUACAAUGGUCAUCCCACAGACCGCAGAUGCACUCUCAAUGAAAAUCGGACCUGUACAUGUCAAGGAAUUGAUCCUGAGACUUGUGGAGCUUCAUUCUCUUUUGGCUGUUCAUGGAGUAUGUACUUUAAUGGCUGCAAAUUUGGUAGAAGCUCAAGCCCUAGAAGAUUUAGAAUUGAUCCAAGUUCUCCCUUACAUACCUACUAUGAAAGAAUUACUAAAGGACGUAUUCCAGAAAGAAGAUAUGUGAGACCAGAAGCAAUUUGUCCGGGACACGAGGCCAUGGAAAAAAACCUGGAAGAUAAUUUACAGAGUUUGGCCACACAAUUAGCUCCUAUCUAUAAACAGUAUGCUCCGGUUGCUUACCAGAACCAGGUACAAUUUGAACAUACAGCCCCAGAAUGUCGGCUUGGCAACACAGAAGGUCGUCCUUUCUCUGGGGUCACUGCUUGCGUAGACUUCUGUACCCAUGCCCACCGGGACAUUCACAACAUGAACAAUGGAAGCACUGUGGUUUGUACUUUAACACGAGAAGAUAACCGCUCAUUUGGUGUCAUUCCUGAAGAUGAGCAGUUGCAUGUUCUGCCCCUUUAUAAAUUAUCAGACACUGACGAGUUUGGCUCAAGGGAAGGAAUGGAAGCUAAGAUCAGAUCUGGGGCCAUUGACGUCCUCACACCCUGUCGCAAAAAAAAAACGUGUUUUACGCAGCCCAUUCCUCGUGGGAAGAAAAGAGCAGCGAUGAUGAAAGAUGUCUUAAAGUGUAAGAUAAAGGCUGUGGAGAAGAAACUCAUUCCUCGAAUCAAGCGGAAGAAUAACUCGACAGCACACAACAGUAAGGCCUCAUUUCACCACUGUCGCUUUGAGAUGAGGCAUAGGACCGUGCUAGUUUUCAGUGCAUCAGUUUCCUUGGCAGAAGUUCAUGAAACUGAACCCAAUUUUGUCUUCAAAGGUUCGGACAACAUUCAAACUUACUCACUGAUCCCAUCCAUUCCUCACCCAGUGCAAGAGGCACACUUAUCCCCAGAUUUCUCCUCGUCUGCCAACACUGCUUCGACCACAACGUCUUUAAAGAACGAUGCCUCAGUUUCGUGCGGGUUUCCAGAAAGAAGUAGCGAUCCUGACUGCACGAUGUCUUCUGGGAGACACAGUGAUGCUAACGCUGCUGCUGCCGGCGGAUGCUCGGGAAUUGCACAGCCUGGUGAAGUGAGUCCUCUUCCCACUUUGCCUGCUCCCAUGUCCGAUUCCCUGGUUGGUUCUGAGCCUCCCGCUGGUCCAUCUGAGCAGAUACCUUCUAAUGAGCCAAACCAGCAGCCCCCACUCAUCACCUCUGCUCCUGAACUUGCUUCCUCUCUGAUGGAAGAAGAUGAGCAGCAUUCGGAAGCAGAUGAGCCUCCAUCAGAUGACCCCCUAUCAGAUGACCCCCAGUCACCCACUGUGCAGCAAUUGCCCCACAUUGAGGAGUAUUGGUCAGACAGUGAGCACAUCUUUUUGGAUGCCAAUGUUGGCGGGGUGGCAAUAGCACCUGCUCAUGGCUCUGUUUUAAUUGAGUGUGCCCGACGAGAGCUUCAUGCUACAACUCCCGUCCAACACCCAAACCGGAAUCAUCCUACACGCCUCUCUCUUGUCUUCUACCAGCACAAAAACCUAAAUACACCCCACCACGGUUUUGAAGUAAACAAGAUUAAGUUCGAGGCUAAAGAUAAAGAAGCUAAGAAUAAGAAAAUUAAGGUCUCAGAGCAGAGAGAUCAGGCAGCUAAUGAGGGUCCUGAACUGUCCCCUGAAGUUAAUGCAAUGAAAGAAAUUCCUUCUCGUAAGGCAGUCACAUUAACCCAUGACAAUGUUGUCACCGUGGCCCCGUAUGCGGUCACACAUGUAGCAGGGCCCUAUAACCAUUGGGUGUGA